AUGGUGCACUAUCUCCCAUUCCUUUACACCGCUUCCGCCAUCCUAUCCUCACUAUCAAGCGCAUCUUCCACGGCGAUAGACGGAUUCAUGAAGCACAGGCGACACGUCGCGAGAAACAACUUCUUGUUCUCGAGGGACGAGACGUUGUAUACUAGAAGUGAUUGUGAACCGGCGGAUCCUCAGAACACCGUCACUGACCGUCUGCAAGCCCUGCUCAAUAACUCAGGCCCUGGAUACACCUUACCUCUGUGUCCGAGCACCCAGUACUACCUCCAGGCUACACUCAACUUCUCUGCCCCCAACCAGGAAAUCAGCACGGCCGGCUAUCCCACUGGAGAUGAGCGCGCCACUCUUGUGGUUGUCGGACCAGUGGGAAAUGGCGCAGGUAUGACCACCGCUGUGAAUGGGGCUUGUCAAAACUGCGACGGUAUUGUGCUACGCAACGUUCAGAUCAAUGGAACACGUCUUGGUGGACCAGAACUAAGCGGCGGAGCGAAUAUUGAAAUGGGUGGCGGAAAUUCGAAUCAGCUUAUUGAAUACGUCCACUCGUUUGACCCCCGAGGAUGGUCUUGUCUGCACAUCGCAGAAGGACCGUUCUCUUGCAACAAUGUCACCGUCCAGAACAAUGACAUCGGACCCUGCGGCAACGAUGCUUUCCAACAGUGGGCCGACGGAAUCAGUGUAAGUUGCAUGAACAGUUUGGUACGCAACAACAUGGUCAACAAUCCUACUGAUGGUGGGAUUGUGAUCUUUGGUUCACCGGGAACGUUGGUCGAGAAUAACACCAUAUGGGUGGAGACUAAUACUCUACUGGGAGGUAUCAACAUGGUCGACUACGAUCCGUGGCAGGGGAACUUCACCAAUACCAUUGUACGGAACAAUACCAUCAAAGGUGGAUUUGCUACAAGUACCGCUGUUGCCGGGGAGGCAGACGGUAGUAAUAACUACGACGUGAUUAUUAAGAUCGGCAUUGCCAUUGGCCCGCGCACCUGGUUCGGUAAUGAGUAUUACAACAACGUGAGUUCGUCUGGGACGGUCCUCAAUAACCAGCUCGAAGGCGCGUUCGGGUACGCCAUGGCGAUAUCGUCUGCAAGGAACUUUACGGUGGAGGGAAACAAACUAGUUGGGAACACUUCUUUCAUCGGCGCGCGUGGACCCAAUUGUACGUCCAAUGACGUGGUGCCGACCCCCGCGCCGUUCGUCGUCGACCAGAGCACGGUGACGAUGUCGACGGAGCAGACGGAUUUCCAGAACAUCAGCGAUGGCGACAGUCUCACGUGCAUCCUUCCACCAGAUGGUGGCGACUACUGGCCGUUUGGUGGAAAUCCCAGUUCCACUCAGUCGUCACGGUCGUCCAAGGGUUUGUCUGGUGGCGCCAAGGCCGGCAUUGCGAUUGGCGUCAUUGUUGGCGUUGUCACUCUCGCUGUCCUCACAUAUCUCAUCCGUCGCUGGGCUCUCCGGCGUGCAUCCGCUAGAUCUGUGAGGACAUGGUGA